AUGUCUGGAUCCAAAAGUAAAGGAUGUAUGAAAACAGCCAUCAUCGUUUUUAAUCUCAUCGUAUUUAUUGCAGGAUCUGCAGUGCUGGCACUCGGAAUUUAUAGUCUAGUUUCGGAUUAUGGUGCUAAACAGUUAUCCUCAGUGCUCGGGAACGAUUUGUAUCAUGAUGCUGCCUACGUUUCUAUAGCAGCAGGCGCCGCUAUAGCGGCUAUAUCUAUGUGUGGCUGUUGUGGUUCCAUUAAAGAAAGCAAGUGCAUUCUGGGAAUGUACCUGGUAUUCAUGAGCUUCAUCUUUGUCGUGUUACUAACCUCAGCCGUCCUUAUCUUCAUAUUUCUUGGACAAAUCUCCAAGGAUGCCAAAAUAUCAAUGACUUCAAUUCUGACAGAGCAGUACGGGGUGGAUUUAGACGACCGCGCCGACAACAGGGUGGUGACCGAUAUGUGGAAUUUCAUGCAGAAACAGUUGCAAUGCUGUGGUAUAUCAGGGGGAGUUAACUCCACCACGUCCUGGGCUGCGUACAAGCUGGAAUCGAAGUGGUAUGCACAAUUUUCAGCUGGUGUUCCGUACGUGCCAGAAAGUUGUUGUCGCCCGGAGGGGGACUUGGAGCUGUGUACGGGGAUGAGGAAGUUUUCUGGUCCCCCAGGAGUUGAUGUCCCACUUCUCCCCGGUACCGGCAGGAAUCCGCACAUGUAUGACACAGGUUGCUAUGAUGAGGUUGUCCAUUAUGUACAGAGCCACGCCCUUAUCAUCGGAGGCGGAGCAUUAGCUGCAGUUGUUAUCAUUCUCUUCGGCAUCAUUUCCGGUGUGUGUUUGUGCAAAAGAAUAAAGUAUGAUGCGUUCCUCACAUAAAACUCCC